GAUGAUCACCAGGUCCUGUUCAAAACGACGUGCGUAUGUCCGUUAGGAUAGCGGCUCCUUGUCCUUUGUGACGACCAGGAAGAUUUGACCAAAGAAAAUUAACCGAGAUGGGAGAUAUAGUAAACACACUGUUGUUUUUCUGCAACGGGAGAAAGGUCGUCGAUCAUCGUGUUGAUCCGGAAAUGACGUUGUUGGUGUAUCUACGCACAAAGUUGCGUUUGACUGGUAGUAAGCUAGGAUGUGGGGAAGGAGGUUGUGGAGCAUGCACCGUCAUGGUGUCCAGGUACUCACCCACGGACAAAACUAUCAGCCACGUUGCCGUGAAUGCUUGCCUGACCCCCAUCUGUUCUGUGCACGGUAUGGCCGUCACAACCGUGGAGGGCAUUGGCAGUACCACUACCAGACUCCAUCCGGUACAGGAACGCCUUGCCAAAGCCCACGGGUCUCAGUGUGGUUUCUGCACUCCCGGUAUGGUCAUGUCUAUGUACGCUCUGCUGAGAAAUCGACCACAGCCUACUAUGGAAGAGAUUGAAAGUGCUUUUGAGGGGAAUCUGUGUCGCUGCACUGGGUAUAGACCCAUUCUGCAAGGCUACAAGACAUUCACUAAGGAGGGAUGCUGCGGAGGGAAUAAAGCCGCGUGUUGUCGCAACAUUUCAAGUGGAGUCCCUGAGGAAGGGGUUUCCGUGAAUAUGUUCAAUCCCAGCGAGUUCAUGCCAUAUGAUCCUUCGCAAGAGUUCAUUUUUCCUCCAGAGUUGAUGGUGAAUUUGAAUGAAACAACCCCGAAAAUGCACAAAUUUGCUGGGGAUAACGUGACCUGGUUUCGUCCUGGUACAUUGGAACAACUCCUUGAAUUAAAGACUAAUGACCGACAAGCCAAGAUAGUGGCCGGCAACUCGGAAAUUGGUGUUGAAGUGAAGUUCAAGAACCAAUGUUACCCAGUUCUUAUCGAUGUCAAUCAUAUCCUAGAGCUGACAGGCGUCGAGACCACGCCCUCUGGAGUCAGAAUUGGUGCCGCUGUGUCUCUUACGUCAACCGGCAAUUACUUAAAGCAAAUCAUACAGAAAGAACCGGAGCACAAGACACGCAUCUUUGCCGCUAUUGUAGAGAUGUUGCGCUGGUUUGCUGGAAAGCAAAUCCGAAACGUAGCUUGUAUUGGCGGUAAUAUAGCAACGAGCAGUCCCAUUUCGGAUCUCAACCCGCUGCUUAUAGCAGCCGUUUGUUCUGUCGAACUUGUAUCCAGCUCAGGUAAACGCACAGUGACCAUGGAUGGUAAUUUCUUCACCGGAUAUAGGAAGAAUGCGAUCAGGGCUGAGGAAGUCAUCUUGGCCAUUAACGUGCCAUUUACCACUGAGAAUGAGUACUUCUACGGCUACAAGCAAGCCCAACGUCGUGAGGAUGAUAUCGCCAUCGUCAAUGCUGGCAUGAGGGUGGUCUUCAAGCCUGGUACUGAUAAAGUACAGGACUGUACGCUGGCCUACGGUGGUAUGGCGCCAACAACCAUCCUGGCUAAAGAAACAAUGAAGGCUAUCAAAGGAAGAUCUUGGAACGACAGCCUGGUGGACGCCAUGACUCCAUUACUGGUCGAGGAUCUACCGCUGCCACCCGGUUCUCCAGGCGGUAUGGAGCCUUACAGACAGUCGCUCACCCUUAGCUUCUUCUUCAAGUUCUACUUGGCCGUCCUAGAGCAGAUUAGUUCAAAACUGCCUGGAUUGAGAGGUUCAACUAUUCCGUCUUCAUAUAAGUCAGCAAAUCUGCCUUAUCAUAAAACCUCAGCACGAGGCGUUCAGAUGUAUCAGGAGGUGCCAUCGGGCCAACCAGAUUCGGACGCAGUAGGUCGACCUUUGACCCACCAGUCUGCUUUCAAGCAGGUCACAGGAGAAGCUAUAUAUCUGGAUGACAUGCCUCCAAAUGAAACUGAGCUAUACCUGGGCCUUGUCCUAAGCAAGAAAGCACACGCCAACAUCUUAUCCGUUGACAGCUCCGAAGCUCUUGCGGUUGACGGAGUGCACACUUACGUGAGCUCUGAUGAUGUACCAGGAAGUAACUUUUCAGGAACCUCAGCAGAAUACGACGACGUCUUGUUUGCAGAAAAAGAGGUGAUUUCUGUCGGUCAGGUAAUUGGGGUGGUAGUGGCUGACAACCAGAUUAUCGCUCAGAGAGCUGCCAAGUUGGUCCAAGUGGAAUAUGAAGAGUUACCAGCGAUUAUUACCAUAGCGGACGCAAUUGAGGAGAGCUCCUUCUACCCCGAAGGCUAUCGCCUCCGGAAGGGAAAUGCGGAAGAAGGUUUUGAGAGCUCUGACCACAUCAUCGAGGGAGAGAUCAAGAUCGGAGCCCAGGAGCACUUCUACCUGGAGACGAUCGCCACGUUAGUCAUUCCGGGAGAAGGAGGGGAGAUGGAGGUCAUCUCUGCCUCUCAAGCGCCAUCAAGGGUACAGACAAUGGUGGCCAGGGCGCUUGGCGUGGCGAAGCACCGAGUGGUAUGCCGAGUGAAGCGACUUGGAGGUGGAUUCGGAGGGAAGAUAACCAAGUCUUCCGUGUACGCGGCUAUCUGUGCCGUGGCGGCCAACAAGGUCAAGCAGCCGGUUCGUUUAAUGUUGGACCGCAAUGAAGACAUGAUGACAUCAGGCACGAGACACCCGUACCUAGCCCAAUACAAAGUUGGAGUAACUAGCUACGGUCAACUGAAGGCUCUUGAGAUCAAUAUGUAUUCUAACGCUGGGAGUACUUACGAUUUUUCAGUCAAUGUUUUGGAAAGGACAAUGUUCCAUGUCGAUAACUGCUACAAAUGCCCCAACGUCAGCGUGAACGGUAUCCUCUGCCGCACGAACCUAGCGUCCAACACAGGGUUCCGCGGGUUUGGGAGCCCACAGGCCAUGCUGGUAGCGGAGACUAUCAUGUCAGAAAUCGCCUUAAAAUGCGGACUGACUCAGAUUAAAGUACGAGACAUCAACUUUUACCAGGAGGGUGACUUAACGCAUUAUGGUCAAGAGUUAAAACACUGCACUCUAGAGCGAUGUUGGGAGGAAUGCCUCAUGAAGAGUGACUACGACAGCAGAAGACGCGAUGUGGAGCGCUAUAACAGUAAGAAUCGAUGGAGGAAGCGUGGUCUCGCGAUCAUACCAACAAAGUUUGGUAUCUCCUUCAAUCAGAACUACCGCAAUCAGGCCGGAGCAUUAGUACACAUCUACAACGAUGGCUCAGUCCUCGUUUCCCAUGGUGGUACCGAGAUGGGUCAAGGGUUACACACCAAGAUGAUCCAGGUGGCCAGUAGGACGCUGAGAAUUCCUCAAGAGAAGAUCCACAUCAGUGAGACGAGCACCAGCAACGUGCCAAACACUUCCAAUACAGCCGCUAGCUUCAGCUCUGACCUGAACGGCAUGGCAGUCAAGGAUGCCUGCGAAAGCCUCCUGCACCGUCUGGAGCCAUACAUUCGAGACGACCCUAAAGGCUCAUGGGAGAGUUGGGUGGAUGCAGCGUACAAAGACCGCGUCAGCCUGUCGUCCACUGGAUUUGGCAAGGCGCGACAGGUGAACUAUAACUGGGAAACAUGCCAGGGGGAACCUUACGCUUACUUUGUGUACGGUGCGGCCGUCUCUGAGGUGGAAAUUGACUGUCUGACUGGGGAUCACCAGGUGCUGCGGACCGACAUCGUCAUGGACGUUGGGGACAGUCUCAACCCAGCUAUCGACGUUGGACAGAUUGAAGGUGGCUUCGUCCAAGGCUACGGACUGUUCGUCCUGGAAGACUAUCGGGUCAGCCCGUCUGGUCAGCUGCUGACCAUUGGUCCAGGAUUCUACAAGAUCCCGAGCUUUGGUGAUAUACCGGCUGAGUUCAAUGUCAGCCUGCUGACCAGGGCGCCUAACCCAUUUGCGAUCUGCUCAUCCAAGGCGGUUGGAGAACCCCCUUUGUUCCUUGCAGCUUCUGUCUUCUUUGCCAUCAAGAAUGCCAUCCAAUCAGCUAGGGAUGAUGCUGGCAUCUCCAGGGCAUUCCGUCUCGACAGUCCUGCCACGGCAGAGAGAAUCCGCAUGGCAUGCCAAGACCGAUUCACAAAUCAGAUUCCUACUCCUGAGGAGGGCACAUACACACCGUUUUUUCUUCGCCCUUAGCUUUGAGAUGAGACAGUCCCACAUAAUCUGCUGUCCAAGACAGGUGCAACUAAUCUCACUAUGAUUAAGUAUUCUCUUUUCAUGGAAACAGAGCAAAUGAUCGGGAACAUUUUUCUUUUUUGAUAUGAGGUUUGAGCAUUAUCGUCGCUCAGUUAUGGAUUUGACAGAUAUGAGGUGCUGCUUAGUCACAGAGGCAAUUCAAACUAUAAUAGCCUAAAUUGUUAUGUUACCCUUGAUUAACCGUGGUGCAUUUUGACAUUUAUCUAAAAUGUUGACAUUGUUCUAAAAUUGGUAAAGCAUACAAGUUUUUGCUUAUUUAGUAAUGUCUGUAGCUUUAAUACAAAAGAAAAAUCAGACUACAUCUUUGAAAGUAUUUGUGACUUUUGAAUAAUGUAAAUUUUCUUGGAAAAAUAAUGCAUCAUGAAUCAUGUUUGUUUACUAAAUAACUGAAUGCAGUAUAAGACUUUUACCAUAGAAGCUAAAUUAUGGUACAAUAAGUUGUACAAUUAAACACGAAAAGCCUUCUCUCCAUCCAUGCAUGACACUAUUGAACUUAUCUAUUACAAGACUGGCCAUGUCAUAUGAAGAUUUUUCACCAUAUCGUCAGCUAUUUGCAAGAUGUUAAGAAUUAUGUUACAUCGUUUUAGAACUAGACGGCAAGACCGAGUCUGAAUAAAAAGGCAACAAAUGAAGAUGCUGGAAUUUCUGUUGGACAUUGACUCAGCCUGCGAGUAAUAUGCCAAAACAAGUAAUAUUCUCCGAUUGGUGUAUCUGUAGUAUAAAAAGAAUCUAUCUAAAACGUAAUGUGUUUUUCGGUAACAGUAUCCGUCAUGUUGUAAUUUGUUUCAGAGAGGCAUAAGCUGUAACCAUUCUCAGCUUCAGGCGGUUGAACUGUCAAGAACUGGCGUUGUCACAUUUCGACAGUACCGUAAUAUUAGUAAAUAGACAUUGUGAAAACAUGGAAUGAAAUAUAACAAAGAAGACUAAAGGUAAUUAGAAAUAUUGACCACGUAAAUUUAUAUUAUAACAUUUUUGAAUAUAAAUUACUGAAUCUGCCCAUAGGUUACUGAGUAGUGAUUUACAGCUUUUGAACCAAACAAAAAACUAAUGCCAAAAUAAUUGGUCAAAAUAACGCCAUUUACUCAGCGAAUAAAAACAGAAAUCUCGUUUUUCGACUGGAAUUACAAAUCAAAAUAAACGAAAAGCAG